GUGAGCAAUUAAAAUUUUAGUUUCAGAUUCCUAAUGAUGAACUACAGCGGAGAAGCAAACUGCUUUUCAAGCUGUAUCUCUAUUCUUCCUGCAUCCAUGUUUUAUCAGUUCCAGGAAACCUCUCCCGAAUCCUUCUCUUUACCCAGUCUUGAUCUUAAACCUAUCUCUGUACACAACCUGGAGCAUCCACCUGAACCUAUUUAUCCUCCUCAACCCUCUACUGAUCCUAGAGCCAGGUUGCAGGAACCAAGGAGUAGAAUGAAUAGAUAUAAACGUAAAAUGUCAAGUUAUGCUCCGGUCCCAACUGCAACUGACCAGGUUGAUAAAUCUGUCUCCUCUGUCUCCAGUUCUUCUGAUGACCAGGAGAGAUUGACCGAACCCUGCAAUACUGGAGAUGAUAAACAGAAAAAAAAUACAAAACAGCAUUUCAUCGAUGUUUUCAACCAGAAACCAUUCCGACUCACCGUCAAGGUUCAAGUACCCGUUCGGGACCAUCCAAAGGUAAAUAGAUUUAGGUUCGCUAAUCGGGACCAUCCAAAGGUAAAUAGAUUUAGGUUCGCUAAUCGGGACGAUCCAAAGGUAAAUAGAUUAAGGUUCGUUAAUCGGGACCAUCCAAAGGUAGAUAGAUUUAGGUUCGGUAAUCGGGACCAUCCAAAGGUAAAUAGAUUUAGGUUCGCUAAUAGGGACCAUCCAAAGGUAAAUAGAUUUAGGUUCGCUAAUCGGGACGAUCCAAAGGUAAAUAGAUUAAGGUUCGUUAAUCGGGACCAUCCAAAGGUAAAUAGAUUUAGGUUCACUAAUCGGGACCAUCCAAAGGUAGAUAGAUUUAGGUUCGGUAAUCGGGACCAUCCAAAGGUAAAUAUAUUUAGGUUCGCUAAUCGGGACCAUCCAAAGGUAAAUAGAUUUAGGUUCGCUAAUCAGGACCAUCCAAAGGUUCGCUAA